AUGGAGCCGUCGCUGCCGCUGCUGUUCGCCCUCGUGCUGCUCUGCUGCGCAGGUUUAACCAGAAGCUUAACUAUAACUUCAGCUGACCAGUCCAUGUUUGAGAGAGCUCAAGGAGAGAAGGUUACGCUGCCGUGCACUUUCGUACUCUCGGAAAAUGAUGAAGGCCCACUCGAUAUCGAGUGGGUCUUGAUACCAGCAGAUAAUCAAAAGAAGGAACAAAUAAUAAUUAUGUAUGCUGUAGACAGGAUUUAUAAUCAUUAUUAUGCUGCCACAACUGGACGGAUGCAGUUUACUAAUCCUGAUCCCAGAUCUGGUGAUGGUUCAUUGGAUAUCCUGAAUUUAAAAUCAUCAGACACUGGCACAUAUCAGUGUAAAGUGAAGAAGGCUCCUGGCGUCCAAAGUCAAAAAAUACAAUUGACUGUACUUGUAAAGCCAGCAAGGACUAAAUGCUCCGUUGAAGGAUCACAGGAGAUUGGAAAUGACAUUAUCUUGAAAUGUGCAUCACAAGAAGGAUCUCCCCUUCUGUCUUAUGACUGGAGAAGAGCAGCUGGCACACGGGCACUGCCUAUCACUUCUACGCUGAAUAAGAAUACAGGGGAGCUUCUCUUGAAAAAUGCCUCUCAAGACUAUUCUGGUACAUACAGAUGUGUUGCCACAAACAGAGUUGGCACAGAUGAAUGUUCUGUGGAGCUGAAUGUCACCCCUCCUAUAAAUACAGCUGGUAUGAUUGCUGGAGCUAUUAUAGGAACUCUGCUGGGUCUCUUUUUACUGGCUUUUCUCAUCGUCUGUUGCUGUAAGAAACACAGAGAAAAGAAAUAUGAGAAAGAAGUACAUCAUGAUAUUAGAGAAGAUGUCCCACCUCCAAAAAGCCGCAGUUCAACAGCCCGUAGCUACAUAGGCAGCAAUCGUUCUUCUCUAGGUUCAAUGUCACCCUCCAAUAUGGAYGGAUACACCAAAACUCCAUAUAGCCAAGUCCCAAGUGAAGACUUUGAACGCACUACUGGUCAAAAUGCAAACUUUGCACCCUCAAAGGUAGCUGCACCUAAUUUAAGUAGAAUGGGAGCUGUCCCAGUGAUGAUUCCAGCGCAGAGCAAAGAUGGGUCCAUAGUAUAAGAUGUUAUUAAUUUAAGCCGUGUUUUAAAAUGUUCAUUAUAAGUAUUAAGAAAAAAACCUACCUUGUUCUAUCCCUCACUUAAAAUGGCAUGCAGUUUUCCUUGAAGAAAGUUGGUUUGAAAAGCUGAUAACUUCCACUUUUACUUUCAAACGUACUAGUAUAUAGCAGUCAAACUAUUCGUGAAAAUUGUUGAAAUUCCUACAUUGGAUAUUGAAGGUAUUUGGAUGCAGGUAGGUGGCGGAAGAGGGGAUCAGCUGAUGUGCAGUUCUGAAUAUGAAACAAUCGGACACACUUGAGAAGUAAAAAGGCAUUUCAUGUGUAGGUCAAAGUCUCUCAGAAUUCCUGAAACUUUAUCUUCAGUAUUGGAAAAACAGCUAUAUUAACUUCAGCAUUUUCUGAUGAAGUUGCAGCUGUGUGAAAUACAUAGARUAACUUGGAGUCCUAUUCGGUUUGAGUAUUUAUGCAGUUCUUUAACUUGGUAAUCUUUGGAGCACUUGGACUCUUGGUGUUUUUUUUUUUAAUUUGACCGAUUCAGUUAACUUUAAUGAAUCUAAAUUGAAAAUUUCCAUGAGCAAAACUGUGAUAGGAGAGCUUACUCUUUGUGAAACCUCAAUUUUAGUGUAAUGGCUCCUCUUUCUAGUAAUGUCAGAUGACUUAAUACUAAAUUAUGUAAGAGGUCCUAUCCAGUUGUUACUAACAAUAUCCAAAACUUAAAAUCUCUAUUCAGUUUUUGCAUUAAGAAUACACGUCGUAAAAUCCAAGAUUAAAUUUUAUAAAUCUUGUUUAGAUUCAAAAGCAGUGCUGUAAUUUUUCCCUAUUAUCUGAAAGUUCCAUGGGGGUUUUAAUGACAUGUGCUAAAUUAACAUUGUUUGAUAUAUGUCCUCUAACAUCACUUCAGGAAUCUCUUUCCACAUUCACACAAGCCAUAUUUAGCCUUUCCUUAAGAGGAUAACAUGUUCUUUAUUUCAGAUUGCAAGGAGUGAAAGGCUUACCUCUCCUUGCCUCUUCAAAAGCCCUAGAUAUUAACAGRCACUUUGACUUUAAUAUUGGUUUCAUGCAGCCAGAAUCUCUGAAAAGUAGUUGUCCAGAAUUGUUGAUAUGAACUUCAUGUUUCGUGACUUAAACAAAAAGCUCUUCCUAUUUUUCAAAGACUUGAAGGUGUUAUAGGAGGAAUAGAAUAUUAUCUUGGUUUCACACCUUACUUGGGAACUUUGGAUAUCUCAUGAUGACUGAUACUAUAUACAUGUGGAAGCUGAUUUCAAAGUUUAAUGCAGGGUUGUUUUUUCAUUUCGGUGUAGAUUUUUUUCUUAGUGUUUUUUCUUCUUCUUUCUUUUCUCCUUCCUUAUAUUCUGUUCCCUUCUUUAUCUUGUCCUGUGGAAAAAUAAAUAAAGAGCCCCUUCAACUUAUUUCAGCUAUAGCUGUUAAAAUAUUUUGAAAACUCUACAGGAAUUUAGUAAGUGGCACUGAUGUCUGAAUAGCCUAUUGAAAGAUGUUAGAUUUAUUUGUAUGUACCAACAGUAUGAGAUGAAAAAAAAAUGCCCUGAACUUCUAGGCUCAAUGUCUGCUUUCUUGUAGCUGCUUAGAUCUGUGACAAAAUCUUUGGGAUGUUACUAAAUGUUUGUUCUAACUGUAGUUAGGUGCACAAUUUUUGGCUGACCCUACAAAUGCAGGGAUCAUACCUUUCAUACUGAAUUUGGAAACCUGAAUAGCUACUAAGUAUUCUAGACUUAAAACUUUUCAGAUUUGGGACUUUUUUAGAUUGUAAACUGAUACUAUUGGAGUUCAGAUAUUUUUUAUCUUUCAUGUGUGCCUUUCAAUAAACUUUGCCUGAUUGUAACUCCACUUUUUAUGAAAUUAAUGGUGCCUAAACUUGCUGUCUGGACAGGUGCUUAGAUGAUGGUACAAGUUUUUUAAAACAUGACACUGUGAUCUGAUUUCCUUAUUCUGAUGUACUGUUUAUACUUCAUGCCAAUUUUUGGAUGUUACUCAGUGACUCUCUGGUGUUCUGUACUUCCAAAUGUCAGUUACUCGUUCAAUUUCUAAAUAGGAUCUAAGCAUUUGUAUUCCUGAAAACUGUUCACUUGCGAGUGAGAUGGAUGACUGACGUSUAUGGUAAUUAAUAGAGUCUAGUAACUGUGCCAAACAUGCUUAUGAAGAACAGUAGAUGAGGAGACAUCUUCUUGCAUCCAAUUAUUAUGAUAGAUUUCUGAUGUUUAAUGUGUACUAAUUGAUUGUUAUCUUGAAACUAAGACCUUAGUUGAAAGGGUGUGGUUAUUUGGAUCGUGAAGACAGGUUAUAUGCAAAACUAGAACUGAAUCGCAGACUAAGAGAURGCUAUAGAGCUAAGCAGCCAGGUAACCAACAAACUUACUGAGAUUGAUUUUUAUCCUUCUGUGGGCACAUGUGAAAUGAGCUUUUUGGUUUGGCCUGAGAUGCUCUGCUUUCAGCCAGGUAAAUCACCGAGAUGCUUGAAAACAGAAACUUACCACACAAAGAAAGGCAGGCAGAGCAGGGUUUACACAUUUAAUGCUCUGUCAGCUUGCACAAAAUAAUGGUCAGAAUGGAAGGACAGCAUGACGUGCCCUCAGAGCUUCGCUGUUAGGCUUAGCAGCCUUGACAGUGUCUAUCUAUUUAUGUAAUUGCAUGGAAAAUGAGGAAAUAGGAACUGGCAUAGUCCUUAUCUGAGAUAAAGAACCUCUGACUUGGGAUCAACUUUGCCUCAAGUUCC